UAGUGUUGCACAAUCAUAUCACAUUUUAGAAGGCUUGAAACCCAUUUCACCACCAAGGUAAAAGAGAAGAUGAAAGCCAAUAGGACUGCAACUUUGAUCAAGCUUUUGGUACUCUUGUGCCUAUCAGUCCUUUGUGUUUCAAAGGAUUUUGAUUUCUUCUACUUUGUUCAGCAGUGGCCUGGAUCAUACUGUGACACAAAGCAAAGUUGUUGCUACCCAACUACUGGGAAACCUGCAGCUGAUUUUGGCAUUCAUGGGCUUUGGCCUAAUUACCAGGAUGGGAACUACCCACAAAACUGCGAUUCCAAAAACCCCUUCAAUCCAGAUAAGGUUGCCGACCUCAGGAGCAGUAUGCAAAAGAAUUGGCCAACACUCGCUUGCCCAAGCGGCAAUGGAGUAAGCUUUUGGACACAUGAAUGGGAAAAGCAUGGGACAUGCUCCGAGUCUGUUCUUGACCAACAUGGAUACUUCCAAGCAGCCCUCAGUUUGCAAAAGCAGGCUAACCUCCUUCAGGCUCUAGCAAGUGCAGGAAUAAACCCAGAUGGAGGAUCAUACAGCAUGAGCAAUAUUAAAAGAGCUAUACAAGAGGCUGUAGGAUUUACUCCAUGGAUAGAGUGCAAUACUGAUGCAUCAGGGAACAGUCAACUUUAUCAAAUUUACCUGUGCGUGGAUACUACUGGGAAAAAUCUCAUCGAAUGUCCAGUGUUUCCCAAAGGCAAAUGUGGCUCAGAGAUUGAGUUUCCUUCUUUUUAGACCCUCGAUUUAGACUGAAUUGAUAUGUGUCCUUUCGUCUUAUUCACUGAUAGUUCAUUUUAUCACAGUCGUCGUCUCAGUGACCGCUGUAUUUGUUUUCCUAGCGAGUUAAAGCUAAUGUCAAUGUGGGUUUUUCUUUUUCUCAAGAAAAAAGAGUAUAAAGUCUUUCUUUCAGUCA